GAUAAAAGGUGACAGCCCAUAUGUCUCUGUCAAUCAUUGCCGACUGUAGUGUCGACUCCGACAACAGGUUGGAGGGCUGGUGCACGUAGUACGGCCUCAGUCAGUCUACGAAGAAGAAGUUUGAUUCGACGCUCCAGGGUGACAUUCAGGAUGCCUGGAACUCUGGUGAAUCUUCUACUACUGACAGUCUGGGCCACAGCCAAUGAGGUUCCUUUUCAAGAAAGAUUGAAGGACAGCGUCAUGGACAUGGACAUGGACACACCUAGCGUGCCCCUUUCGCCCCGUACUCCACGAGUGGGUGGCAGACCGACUUCAGGGGACUUCCUGCAGCCUGACCUGCCGUUCUCGCUGCUCCGCCAGGGCACCGCUGCCGCGAGGCCAGACGGGGACCAGCCCCGAGACACCGGCGACGGACGAAGGAGAGCCUCCAAGUGGAAAGGGUCCCGCGUGGUAGUCUGGAGCAAACUGAUGCCCAACCCGCAAGGCUUCUUAGCCCUGUACGGUUGAUCAGUACAGUCUUCACACGCAAAAGUUACCUGGCGUUCCGACAUGAUACAGCCAGAAUCACGCCUUUUCUUUAGUUCAAUAUUUCUGAAUGAUUACACUGUAUUCAGAAUAGACACAGAUGACGUUUGUCGGUCAAUUCGCAGAAAGUCAGCUCGACGUAGCGUUGCGCUAUUUCAGAUUGUUGCCAUAUUUCCAGGAGGCGCAGAUCGUUCAAAAAGUAUUAGAGACGAAGUGAGCUGCAGGAUAAAUCCUAUUAGCUGAUCUGUGGUCAGCAGGUACACUUCAGACAUUCCAAGAAUAAAGUUGAAGAAAACGUAA